AUGACACGCCCGCCACCAGGCGUGAGCUUCGCGCAAUUCUUUCCCAAUGCUCCCAAGGUCAGAGCCGAGGCGCAAGGCCGGAAUGAUCGUGAUAGAAUAAGGCAAACAACAGGCGAUGCCGAUUCAUCCACAUCCAGUCCCGCAACGCAAGAGAUCGGUUCGGACUCUCUCGCGCGGCCGCAAGUCAACGGUCGCGGCGCGAUGCCUACACACCAGGGCGAUGAAGACUCCUCGCUCGGUGAUAUGCCGAGCACCGUCGACUCUAACAGCUCACAUGCAAGCUCAUCCUCGUCAAUUUUCAGCACUGCUGCGGUCCGGCUAUCGACCUCUAGCAUCUCUCGUGCCUCUCAUCAACCCUCCAUCUCAUCGCCUCUUCAUCAUUCCAAUUCGACAGCAUCGCUUCUGCAAGGGUCGAUGGCUCCAAAUUCUGAGAAAUCUACAAAUGGAACUGGGUCAAUACAUCAUUCUACGCCUAGCAACAUGCUGGCUAUUGAGCGUGAGGUAGCACGAGAGCCUGGGCCUUCCGUGAAGGGUAGAAGGUGCAUAGCGGACCCAAUACUCGACCGCUUGCGCAACAAGAGCGUCAGUAAGACGGCGAAGCCUGUCUACAAGGAAUUCGGACUCGAUGAAGCGCCUCCACCCCAAGAUCCGCGCCUAGCGAAAGGCGGCCGUUUGGCGUAUAUCAAUACCGACUUCUAUCUACCACGAUCGCGCUUCUCCCAAGCUCUGGAAAAUUUGAAACCAUACCCAUAUGAUCCAAAGACGACUAUCGGGCCGGGCCCUCCAACACAAAUUGUCGUUACAAGAUAUAACCCGCUGAUUCCUUUCAACAAAGUAACAGCCAUCUUUGCUACAUUUGGCGACAUUGCCGAGAGUAGCAAUAAAAUGCACCCUGAAACUGGCAGCUACCUAGGCUUUGCUACGAUCCGUUACCGUGACUCCAAGCGAGCCGAUCGACCCCCAAUAACCGCCAUCGAGGCGGCGCGGCGAGCCGUGCAGGCAAGGGGGAUCAAAGUUGACUCUGAAAUGGUCAAGGUUGAAUAUGACCCCGAGGGGAGAAGAAGCCGUAAAAUGCUUGAGAGUCACCUACGCCGCGAACGAGAGAAACAGGAGAGGGAAAAAUCAACACAAGCUGCACUCGCCGCAAAAUCAUCCGCAGAUCAUAACACAUCCAUGGGCUCCUUUGCUCGACCACCGCCGACAGGCCCAAAAGGGCCGGUUAUCUCCCGACCUCCGCAGCCACCGGUGACACAAGUACCACCUCCUGCGCCUAUAACUCGCCCCCCGGUUGCCGUCGAAUCGAAGGACAUAUCUUCUCAGCUUACGGACGAACCUUAUAUCUUCAUUGAUUCUCAAAGUGUUCCAUUACUCACGAGCAUUUUACCACACAUGAAAAAGCGUUUAAAGAACUACGCAUUCGAAGACAUUCGGAUUGACAAGACUGGCUAUUACGUUAUUUUCAAGAAUUCCUUCACUGGGAAGAUGGAGGCCGAGCGUUGUUUUCGAGCUGUUAAUCACACGGAGUUCUUCACUUACAACAUGUCUAUGCAACUAUGCUUACCGAGAACGAAAGCCCCAACGCCUGUGGAUCGCAAAAGGAGCCCGAGCCCUGAGCGCAACAGCCGCCGGGUGCAAGAGCUCAAAGCCGAAGAAGAUGCCGUCCGACGUCGACGAGAGAACGAAGCCGACAUUGAAGAAGAGAGGAAACAGAGAGCUAAGAACUUUGAUCCUGUCAUGGAGGCCGUCCAGGUUGUGCAGCGAGAGAUGAUGGAACAUUUGAUUCGAAACAUCCGAACGCAAGUUGCUGCUCCCUCACUUUCUGACUUCCUCAAUCCAGCCAAUCAUGCCGCGAAGCGCCGUCAGCUCAACAUUGACGUGACUGAAGAGGAAGAUGAUGCCGCUAUGACAGAUGCGUUCGAUACCUCGAGAAUGGGAACCCCGAACUCGCGUGCAGACCCUAUUGAGCGGAGAACUGGACGAUUUGAAGUCAAGUCAUUGCCCAAGAUUCGCAAAUCCAAGGGCAAAGGUACCGCGCAUCGCAGCACUUUUGUUGAUCCAUUCUCGCGGAAGCGAGCCUCUGUUUCCCGGCCAGCGUUUCGAUCCUUGCACCACCGCCUCAAAAGCUUCGACAGCGACUUUGAGUCAGAUGAUGAUACUGAUGCAAAGACUCUCGCGGCAGCCGAAGCUGAGGGGAGCGUUUCCCGCCCACAGAGCCGCAUGAGCACGGAUGAAGACAUUUGGGCUCCUGGUGAGGACGAUUCUAUGACGGAAGCCAGCCUGGCAGUUGUCGAGAAAUCUUUUUCCAAGAAGCGGAAGCUUGUGUCAGCUGCCGACAUCGUAUCGAAACGCCAAAAGAAGCUAGAGGAGGACUCAUUAGAGGCCAAAUUCGAAGAUGCCAAGAUGGAUCUAUCUGAAGACAUCGGCGCUGAAGCCGAUGUGGCUGAUGAUAAUGACAGCUGUCUUUCCAGAUCGCAAACGCCUCUUUCAAGUGUUCCCAAAGGCGCAAAGAAGAAACCCGGCAAGUCAGCCAUUGCAAAGCAGGCAUUGGAUGAGCAAGAGAAGUGGUCUCCGGAUGCAGAAGACGAAGAAACGCCCGAGGUUCAAACUCUGUCCAAAAAGGCUACUCCAGCGCCAACGGAACCACAGAAAUACGACGAGCGCCUGUUUUCGACAGAACCACUGUCAAAAGCGCUUCCCCUGCCGGAUGGUUUCAAGCCUGAUAUUUCGGCACUCGGUAUUUUACGUUUCGGUGCCAGGGACGCUCCUGAUCUCGCAAAGUUAGGAAGGAAGUUCCAUACUGCUGAAGUUGGGAACGCCGAUCUCUGGCUCUGGCAGAGACAGCGCAUCCGAGAACUUAAUGCCGGAGGGCCGACUGUCAACAAACCAGUAUUCAUCAGCGGGUACUAUGUUCCGAAUGCUACGGGCUGUGCACGAACAGAGGGCGUCAAGAAGAUUCUCAACUCGGAAAAGUCCAAGUAUCUGCCUCACCACAUCAAGGUCCAAAAAGUGCGGGAAGAGCGGGCGGCUCGCGUCAAGAAUGGCAAAGACUCUACCGCUAAUUCGGUUGAGGCCUCCAAGAUCGCCGCGGAGAAGCUCAUCGCCAAGGGCAACUCGAGAGCCAACCGAGCAACCAAUCGCCGAUACGUCGCGGACCUGAAUGACCAGAAGAAGACGCUUGGGCAAGACUCUGAUGUGUUCAAGUUCAACCAGCUUAAGAAACGGAAGAAGCCUGUCAAGUUUGCCAGGUCUGCUAUCCACAACUGGGGCCUGUACACCAUGGAAGACAUCCACAAGGAUGACAUGAUUAUCGAGUACGUGGGCGAAGAAGUGCGCCAGCAGAUCUCGGAGAUUCGAGAGAAUCGCUACCUCAAGAGCGGCAUCGGCAGCAGUUAUUUGUUCCGCAUCGACGAGAACACUGUCAUUGACGCGACCAAGAAGGGUGGCAUCGCACGCUUCAUCAACCACAGCUGUAUGCCGAACUGCACUGCCAAGAUUAUCAAAGUCGAGGGCAGCAAGCGUAUCGUCAUUUACGCACUUCGUGACAUUACAAUGAACGAAGAAUUGACAUACGAUUACAAGUUCGAGCGUGAAAUCGGCAGUCUGGAUCGGAUCCCGUGUCUGUGUGGCACUGCAGCAUGCAAGGGAUUCCUUAACUAG